AUGGAUCCGCUCACUGCAGCAGGCCUAGCAAGCAGUAUCAUCUCCUUCGUCGAUUUCACAACCCAGGUGAUUUCCCGAUGCGAGAAACUCUAUCGGUCCGCUUCAGGGGCUACGACCGAAAACUUAGAGCUAGAAGAUCUGGCCACGAACAUUCGUCGGUUGGCUGAGGAAACUCGAUGCACGAAGGAAGAUGAGAUACUCGAGAGCCUCAGUUCACAGUGCAUCAGUGUAUCUGAUGAGCUAAUCGCGCUCCUCAACUCGGUGAAGGUCAAGAGCGACCGGCGUGGAUGGGCUAGCAUCCAUCAAGCGCUCAAAUCGGUAUGGAAGCAGAGCGAUAUCGAUGGUCUCCAGCAGAGAUUGAAUCGAAUUCAAGCACAGCUUCACAAUCGUUUGGUCACCCACCAACAGCGAGAGAUCGACUAUAAGCUAGAACGACUUAUCGAGGAGAAUGAGCGCCUGGAUGUGAAUAGGACACAUGAGUUGAGAUUGCUGAGAAAUCAGAUCACAUCCGCCCUACACGAGAUCGUCAGUGAUGUCCGGCUGGAGGGUCAGAAGACGCGAGCCUGGUCGGCGUUGUACGCUGGCUCACAGAAAGGGAAAGUGUACUCAACUGAGCAGCUCCUGUUGAACAGCCUUGUCUUCCGCUUGAUCGGCUAUCGACACCAUGCUAUUUCGAAAGAACAUGCAAAGACUUUCGCCUGGGUCUUCGAACAAGACACUGAGUUGGUUAAAGCACUCCCACCCGUGAACUUCGUGGAUUGGCUUCGACAUGAUAACGGGCUAUAUUGGAUCUCGGGGAAGCCAGGCUCUGGAAAAUCAACCCUCAUGAAAUUCCUGGCAGGACAUGAGCAAACUCAACAACACCUGAGGACGUGGUCUGGAGGCAACGAACUUCUUCUGGCAAGUUUCUACUUCUGGAGCGCUGCCAAAAACUCCCUGCAAAAGUCGCAGACUGGCCUACUCCGGUCCAUUCUCUACCAGAUCCUACGCCAAUGUCCAGAACUUAUCCGGGUCGCUUUUCCCGACCAAUGGAGCCAGUCAAUUUCCAGCCUUACGGGCUUAGCCGAGACACCCUUCAGCAAUGCAGAGCUGCUCGAAGCAUUUGACAAGGUCACUACAGCACUGGCAACUUACAAAAUCCGUUUCUGCUUCUUCAUAGACGGACUAGACGAGUAUGAGGGCCGACCGGCGGAUAUCAUUCAACUGGUCGAAUAUCUUCAGUCAUCACCCAAUAUCAAAGCCUGUGUUUCCAGUCGUUCGUGGAACGAAUUCGAAUACAGUUUUGGUAAAGACAACCCGUGGAAAUUGUAUAUUCAUCACCUCACCCAGGAGGAUAUCCGAAUCUACGUUGAAGAUAGACUUGGAAAACAUGAACGCUUCCGAGAGCUUCAAGUAUUUGACGAUAACUGUCCCAAUUUUGUGAAAUCAAUUGUCGACGCAGCACAGGGUGUCUUCCUCUGGGUAAUUCUGGUGGUGAACUCGCUUCUAGAUGGUCUCACCAACGCUGACACAAUCUCCCAUCUACAAGAACGACUACUCGAAUUUCCCCAGAGUCUGGAUGAGUACUUCCAUAAAGCCCUUAUGACCGUCGAGGAACGGUACCGCCCGCAAAUGGCUCGAGCCCUUAUUGUUACCCUGGAAGCCUACGAGACUCUUCCUCUGAUCUGCUACUGGUUUCUAGACCACGAAACGCCUGACUAUACACUCAAUCUAGAAGUUAAACCGCUGGAUAUGGAGAUGAUAAGCACACAGAUGGAUGUCACGCGGACUCGACUGAACGCGUACUGCAAAGGGCUCCUCGAGGUACAUUAUCCGACAGACAACAAGACAAUCGAAUUAGAGUCGCCUGCGUCAUUCUCCGGCUUUCAAGUAGAUUUCCUUCACAGGACCGUGCGAGACUUCCUAUGGAUGCCAGGAAUGCAAGCUUUGCUCCGUACAUGGUUGCCACGGGAUUUUAACCUCGACCUCGACAUCUGCAAAGCCAUUUUAGGCUCGAUCAAGGUCUCGGUGCCAAUACCAGCACAGAAGGCUCGCUCACGCCUUCUCGUGAGGCUCAUCAAAAUCUUCUUCCAUCACAUAGUGGGAUUAGACGGCGAUACAGCCUACGAAUGCUCCCAUUUCGCUCUCCUGGACAAGUUGGCAACGAUUAUCCAACUCUAUAUUGAGAUUCGAGCGCGUCAUUACAAAGCCAUCGGCAAAGACGUGGAUGAGGGUGUGGACCGUGACGUUGUUCUUGAUCUAGGUUUAAGGCAUUCUGUACUUCAUCAAUUGUGGAACGGGGAGGUAGCAAUACUCAGCCGAUCGAUCCAUGCAGGCCUUGCUCGCUAUACUGAGCAUACACUAAAGAAGCACCCAAGUAUACUCCUGAAUAAUUUUGAGUUAUUUCUAGGUAAAGCACUGUUUUCCGCAGAGGAUCAUGAGUCUAAUAACCUUGGUGUCCCGGAUACCGCGAUGCUCCAGCUACUUCUACGAAUUGGCGCUGACACUAAUACCCCAGCAGCCAGGCCCCCCUGGGCAAGUUAUUUAUGGCAUUUGAAGAUGUUGAAAGAGAAGAAUAAAGUUUUUAAGAAGGAUGUCAACAAUCACUACCCAGCUGUCCUGAUGCUUUUAGAAUAUGGGGCGGAUCCAGAUGCACAGUGUGGGUUUGGGAUGACGGCGGUCAUGGUGCUGCAGGAACUAUUCUCUCCGGCUCAAUACUCCUGUCUGCAAAGAGUGAUCGAGGAUAGACAGCUGAAGAAUGGGACUCAAACUACAAUGUCACAAUCACCACAAGAUGAACCACAACCUAACCCAACUACACCUCUCCACCUCCACGCCGAACUCCUCCCCAACAUCCGCCAACUAACCCUCUACAUCUCCGUCCCCCCAAACACUCCCCGCUCUGACCUGCAAAUCGCCCUCUCAGACUCACGACGCGCAGUCACCGUAACAUCCCCCUCCACCACCAACCAAGAUGAUACCUCAAUCUCAGAAACAAUCAAACUCCCUGCGCGCGUCAGCGAAUCCUCCCGACGCAUCCUCCAACAACAGCCACCCUCCACACAAAGCGAAAGUGAAUACUCCUUCCGCAUGCAAGUAGACGAUAAUGACACGUCCCUGCACAAGGAUGAAACAACCCUAAAUGACGGGUUCAUUCCCUGGACAGCGACGGACAUGUCCGCGCAUACACGCCUGCGGUGCGUCAAGUGCCAUAACCCUAUCCUCAAUGAGGGGAAAGUGUGGAAAGACCUUCCAAGCGGGAAUUGGGCUGAGAUGAUGGAUUUCUGGCAUUGUCAUAAACCGGAUCCGCCGGAGGAGGAGCGGAAUAAAGAUGGAGAAGAUCCUAAUGCGGUGGUGAAGGGGUAUGGGGCUGGUAAUCAGCUUGUUGCGGUCGAGGGGACGGUGUUGGUGGAUGUGACGAGCUUUUUGGUGAAGGGGGUGGAUUGUCUCGGUGUUGAGGAAUCAAAGGUCCCUCCCAGAGACUCAAAACCAACACAAUCAGACACAGAACCGGAACCAACAAUCCUAACCUGCACAACCUGCACCACCCAACUCGGCCUCCCCGACCCCAUCGCCAACGGCUACCGACUCUUCAAAACCAGCCUAUCGGCCAACCACUCCCCGAACCCUCCAUCUUCAUCCUCAUCCCCAUCCCCCGAAGAGACAUCUACAUGGGAAUCCCACCCCCCAGAAACCAUCCUCACCGCACAACUCCUCGAACUCAUCGAACGCGAAAGCUACCGCCGAUUCGUCAUCCACUGCGGAGCUAAAGAAGGACUUCUCAUAUGGCCCUUCAACCCCUCCCUCCGAUACUCCACGACCAGCGCAUCGCACAGCACAGCGGCACAACUCGCCAUGAAGGUAUUCUACCAACACAUUGAUAAUGUUGAGGAGGUGUUGCAUCCCGAGGCGGGCAAGGGAAGUCAGUCGCUGGCUAUUGAGGAGGUGAGACUUCCCGGCGAGGAUGCGUAUAGGGAGUUGGUGGAAGUGUUGGAGGAGAGAAAUGGCAUGUUGCCCGCUUCGGCGAGGGUGUUUCGGGAUUGGAGGGUGGGGUUGUUGUGGAGGUUUGAGAGGAAGUAG